AUGCACCACCCCACACUCAGCGCCACACUCGUGCGCGAUGUCCUGCCCUAUUUCGACAAUGUGGUCAUCUCGCCGGGGCCAGGGGACCCCACGUGUGACUCAGACUUUGGCGUAAACAGUUCGGUACUUAAGGAGAGCUCAAUCCCAAUCUUCGGGGUGUGUCUGGGACACCAGGGUAUGGCAGCGCUGUAUGGCGCACGGGUGGUACCUGCACCACAGGUUAUGCAUGGGCGACUCAGCAGUGUGACUCAUAGGCAGUCACGGACGGAGAGGUGUGCAACAUCACAGCUGUUCGAUGACAUCCCCAGUCCCUUCAGUGUAGUUCGGUACCACUCCCUCGUAGUGGCUGCGUCAGAUCUGCCCUGUGAUCUCGAGGCUAUAGCCCACAGUGACGAUGGGGUGCUGAUGGCCUUGAGGCACCGUUCGCACCCUCACUGGGGCGUUCAGUUUCAUCCAGAGUCCAUCUGCACUCAGUACGGUGCGACUCUGCUGGCGAACUUCCGUAACAUGUCGCUGCAAUGGAACGCCAACGAAGGGUCUCUCCGUGCACGUAUUCACUGCCAGGCCACUCUCCAAGAAUUGCUGCAUAAACUAGGGCUAGACACCUACCCGCACACUCGUGCGCACCCGUCCGAGCGCAAACAGGACAGGGCAACCCCUGGACCUGCCCUCAGCAGUACAGACACCCACCCAGCCACACCCAGGGAGGACUCCCCCGAGGUGCACGCGGCACUUGGUGCACCCCCCUUGGCGCAGGAGGCGUAUACGUUGAUUGUAGCUCAAUGGGACGAUCUCAAGACCUUAAGCUCUGAAGACAUAUUCCUUGAGCUGUUUGGGGAUGCUGAGCCUUCGUGGUGGCUGGACUCGUCCCGGUAUGAAGCGGGAUUGAGCCGAUUCUCAUUUAUGGGCGAUGGACUGGGUCCUUACAGCGAGACUCUCAAGUACGAGGUCAGCACCCGCACCGUCGCCAUCGAACACACUCAACAACACACACAGCCGGCAUGUACACUCGGCACAUACGCACGCACACACACACACACACACGUGCAAGGCUGUGUGUGUGCGGACGCAUGCAUGAACCAGCCUCGCGCAGACGAUGGCGUGCGUGUGUGCACAGUGCCGCUGAGCGAUGAAGAGUGCUUUCUGCAGUUUAUGAACGACCGCAUGGACACGCACCACCGCGUGAGCGAGCACUGGGAUUACAUGACGCAUGAACCGAUGGAUGUGGAGACGAUCCCUUUCGAACUGCACUGUGGAUAUGUGGGGUAUCUCGGCUACGAGUUAAAGGAGGAGUCCGGGUUAAUGGGAACACUCACAGCGGAACAGAAGGCGACCCAGCGAGCGGCAGCAGCGGAGAUGGUGUACGGAACCAAGACCCAACCACAACAAGACACGCCUACACAUACAAGCACACACCAGCAGCAACAUACACAACAAGCACCCCAUGCACAACCACAAGCACAACCACAAGCACACACAUCCGAGGAUGGACCCACACACACACAGGCAGGUAUACAAGCACAGCCACAACCUGUGAAACGGCCCGAGAUACAAUGUCACAUGCGCACUCAGCUGCCCACAUGCACGUUCCUCUUUGCGGAUAGGCAGGUGGUGGUAGACCAUGAAACCCGCAGAGUGUGGGCCAUGGCGCUGUGUCGAAGUUCGGAACCUGAGACGGUGGCUGAGGCAGACGCAUGGUUUGGGCGUACGAGGAAUACACUGUUGGAUCUAUGCGAGCGAUGUGAUAGUGGCACAGAGGUGUAUGGCGAGAGGGGGGCGCGGCGGAGGAGGAGUGCAGACAGCCGCAACAGAAGAGGUACCGACACACCAACCAACACACAUCUGGAUCACCAACGCACACACAUACAUGUACCCGAGUUGACCGAACCGAAGGACUCCGCAAGGUCACAGAAUACGACAUUGUCCAAUAAUACGACCCACGAGUCACACAGCACCGGUAAAAUGUCGGAUAAUACGACGAAUAAUACGACCCACGUGGGUCUGAGACAUGGCCGAGAGAAGUACUACGCAAACAUAGCCGCGGCGCUGCGCCUGAUGGGUGAGGGUGAAACAUACGAAGUGUGUCUGACCACUCAGCUGAAGGUACCCACGGACGGGCCAGUGAAUCCACUUGCGUUGCAUCAGCAUUUGCGGACACACAACCCAGCGCCGUAUGCGUGCCUGUUCCGCUUUGGCUGUGACCAGUCCAUCGUAGGCUCAUCACCAGAGAAGUUCCUGACGGUCGACCGCAACGGAAGCGUUGAGUCCAAGCCCAUCAAAGGCACCCGGCGCAGGGGAAUCACUCCGGAGGAGGAUUUCGAGCUGGUCAAAGACUUAGCGACGGACCCAAAAGACUUUGCGGAGAAUCUGAUGAUAGUGGACCUCAUCCGCAAUGAUUUGGGACAGGUGUGUGUACCGUCCAGCGUGCACGUGCCUAAGCUGAUGCACAUUGAGACAUACGCCACAGUACAUCAGUUGGUCACUACAGUCAGAGGCGAACUCAGAGACGGUGUGGGCGCCCUGGACUGUCUACGCGAAUGCUUCCCCCCAGGCAGCAUGACGGGUGCCCCAAAACACCGCACCGUUCAACUGCUGGAGCAUUUGGAAGGAGCUCCGCGAGGCGUGUACUCUGGCGCCAUGGGCUAUGUGUCUACCAAUGGGAGUGCCGAUAUGUGCGUGACCAUACGCACCGUCACCAUGAGCGGAGAGGGGCUUACUAUAGGCGCUGGAGGUGCUAUAGUUGCGAUGAGUGAUGCCAGUGACGAGUUUGAUGAGAUGUUGCUCAAAGCGAAGGCACCAAUCAGAUCAAUACUAUGUAGUAUGGGGCGCGCUAACCAAUGGGAAGCCAGAGAAUUGGCGGGAUUAUAAGUAGAUUGUGUACUCUGACGCUACACUUAGUGCGUAGUACGUGCAAGUUUGCAAAGAAGUUAGUGAGUGAAAUACACUCUAUAGUUUUGCUAUUAUUAGAAACUGGUACAUGGGGGGGGACUACUGCGGCAGGGGAUCUGGUGAUAUCCUUAUGACCCCCCAACACCAGGCCUAGAAUAUAAGUUUUAAUAAAAG